GGCAUCGACGCCUUGGCUUGUUGGGGCGAGCACGUACCCAACGACAGCUCGUUGCAAACCCAUGUUAUUCGAAUUUGGAAACGUUGGUCUGUCGUGGGGCGUCCUCCAUUUUCACCCGAUCCGGACGAUGCGAUUUUCGCUCGUGAGCCUGCAGCUCCUCGUGGCGUUGGCGCUGCUCUCGAGCAUGUUGUUUGUGUCCAAGUUAUCGUCGUCGCUCAAGCACGACUCGGCCAUCUCCAUGCUCCAAUCGAUUCGAUUUCGCCGUGCCCAAGAGAACCAGGACAGCGACCCCACUGAGCCUCGUGCCCUGGAUUAUGCGAGUGCGCUCGACUUGCUCGCGACGAUUGAAGUCUCAACGGACGACCCGUAUUUUGUCCUGUUGAUGAGCGGAAUGCUCGCGUCGGGUCAGUACUGGUGCUCCGACUGCGAGCAAGCCAAGAUGCCUUUGGCCCGGGCGUUUGCCGCAACGGGGGUCCGGCAUGCGGUCGUUGGCGUUGGUUCGCGCGAAGAAUGGGCCAACGCAUCGAGUCCGUUUCGCGUCGGACCGGUAUUUCAUGUGAACGAAGUCCCUGCGUUGCUGCGGUACGACGGCGAUCUCCACACCACGACCGUCCUCACGGGCCGCGCAUUUCUCUCCGACGAAGCCAUGCUCCUCGCGCUCUUGACUCCACGACCGUCGCCACCGACCGUGGUGCACGUCGACACUGUCGAAGCACUGGCGACGUACUUUGACGAGUACACGAUGUCGAGGUCCAAGCACCCCCUCUUCGUGUACUUUGUAUCAGGCACAACACCGACUGGCGAGCUCUGGUGCCCUUACUGCGCCAAAGCCGAGCUGCCCGUGAUGGCGUAUUUCGAUCGAUUUGCGCCCCAAGACGCUGUCCUCCUUCGCGUCGUGACAGCGGCGUCCCUCCAGGACUGGCGGCGGGACGACAAUCCGUUCAAAGUGCAGCAAGUCAUCGUGAUUUCUGGCCUACCCAUGCUAAUUCGAGCCAAGCCGCAACGGCUCGACACCGCCGCGCUCGAGUUUGAGGAGUACACUGCAUUUUUCGAGGACACCGCGCUCUUGACCGCAUUCUUCCAAGGGGCAGCAUAUGCCUGACGGUUUGAAUGGAAGAAACCGAUGUGCA